AGUUGUUGAACAUCGCUGAUCUGAUAAUUUUUAAACAAACAGACGGUAAAAUGUAUCGUUAUUUUUAAACUCAAGGUUACUAUAUGGAUUUAAAAUAGCCCUCGGAUUUAUAUAGCAACGUUAAAAGGCAACGCGGUUCACGAGUGAAACAGUGUGCAUACACAACUUUUCUAAAAUACGGGAAUUGGUUGCGUGACGGUUGAUCUUCGGCAACGGGGAUGUUAGACAGAAGCGUAUUGGUGGGGAAACGUCCGAGGGAGAGUGGGGGCGUGCGUUACGCAGGAUUUAGGGUUCUACGUGGUGGUGAGGAGCCACGACAGCACGGUACUCGUACCGUGGUGGAGAAGCAGCCAACAGCAGCACCAGCAUACACGGUUUUGCCGUUGCGGAGAAGCCUCGCUGCUCUCGGUCAGAGCAGUCUGCGGCGAUCAUCGGCCCUCACGGUGUUCCGUAUGGCCAUGCGUCGUUCCAACCUUCCCAGCACCACGCCAAAAUUUCUCAUCGACCCUGCGCGAAAUUACACCGCCGGUAACGUGACCGAAGACACUUUGAGAGCCACGCUCAUUGAACCACGUCGCCGAAACAACACCGGAGGACGAGAUACCGCUUCCAGUGUUUCGAUCGUUAAUCGACAAUCAGGAGAUCUUUCUAUCAGGAAGCUGAUCGUAUUUUACAUACGCGAGAAGAUAGGAAGAGACACAACUAACGUCGCGAACUCUACGUUGUUGCAGUUACUCGUUAAUGCUUGCUCGAAGAAAUUGUUCAACGGAACAAACAUAACCUUACUUGGUAGUAACAGAUUCCCGCGAAAGUGGCGUAUAAAAAAUAAACUUACCAUCAUUCCUGACUGGAGUACUGAGAAUUCUUUUGGUAAUAUCGUCGUUUCAUCCAGAAAGUGUAAGCGCAAAUGCGACGACGUUGGUGAAAUCAGGAGAAACUUGAAAUUCUUGGCCGGUGUUGUUAAACGAACACGAAGUACUCUCAAUCACGAGGUCGGUCAUUUGGUUAAAAGGAAGGCUAUAGAUAUCGUAUUUGUCGAGAACACCGUUGACGCUCUCACCAUUGUUUAUCCUAUCGAUUUUAUAUCGAGCGGCGUACGCGUUGCAACUAUCGCACACGCACCCCGAACUUGCUACGCUUCGCAUGCGGGAGGACCAACUCGCACGUACGGUCCACCUAUCGCUCCACAACUCGACGAUCGAGUCAGUGUUACUCUUGAUUUCCACGCGAGCGCCGGUCUCGCCUUACCGGGGACGAUACCAUCGCGCCACUUCAUUCGUUUUCGACGAUUCUCCGCGUUUCUGUCGUCUCGCGUUCGGAUCAGUCAAACCAUAGAUCGAGAAAUCGAACGAACCGAAUUUUCUCGAAAAUCGAAUCGUGAUCGAUACGAGCUGCCCACUUUGCCGCCUUUUCUCCGAACGUGGGACGUUCGCGUCGUGUGAAAACAUUGAGAAAAUGUUCAGUGUCGCAAGUUUAUGGAGUUUUUCUUUCGAUAAUCGUUUACAUCGAAGAAACUUUCUGAGAAAUUCGUAGAACGCGUAUUGUAAUUGUUCGAAUUUAAUCGGUAAUUUCGUUGAAAUUCGUAAUCGUUAAAUCGGAUUACACGAAGGUGGACGAUAAAAGUACAAACGUUACGCGAAAUGUUGAGUUUCAAAGUGAUCAAGUGAAUCUUGUGACAGAGGUAUUCGUCGAAGAUAAACGAUAUUCGAAGAUUUCCGAUUGAAGAACUUUGACGUUGAACAAGGUUAAAGUGUUCGCUUCGAGUUAAAUCACACGAAUCGCCUAACGACAUCACACGAGAUAACCCGUUAUCGAAGUAUGUGUACCGCGAUCUGUAUCGAUUCGAUAAACGUAAUUCCUCAGUUAUUUUCAUGCUUGAUGAGAAAUUGAAUUAUCCGCGAGUAUUAUAUUUCUUCACGAUUCUUUUCGUUAUUGAGGACACGUGUCAGCUCGAAUAAUCUUAUCCAUGUUUGAAUCAAAAUUAAUAUUCGUUUCGUAUGCAUUUCGUGUUGAUGUGAUAUAUUUUGUCGCGAGAACCACGGAAUGGAAAAAACUCUUGGAAUGGUUACGUAGACAGGCAACGACUGCAAUUAUGCAUUGAACGAGACUAGUGGUGAUUUCUCGUAAAAGAAAGUUAAAAGAUCUCCGCAAGUGGCGCCAGUAUUAACUUCUUCCAAUGCAUGGUGCAGCGUCGAUAUCGAGAUACAUAAUUAUUUAGAGCCACUUUUGCAGAGAAUCUAUACCCGUUGCGUAACAGCGGAAUUAUCCUAUCUCGCUACGAACGUGUGUGCGUGACGUCGUAACAUCGAAAUUGUCUAAAUUUGUACACGCGAUAUAUAUAAUAUAUACGUCGAAGAAAAUUAUGUGGAAGAACAGGAAAUUCCAAUUGGUAAAUUCUGCAAUUUAUUAAAAGCCAGCAAGCACUUCAUUAGAAGGAUUAAAAAGAGCGUAACUGGUUUUGCAAGAAGAUUCAGGGAACUUCUUAAGAUGGAUCAAAAUAUAAACUGAAAAUUCGAAUAUCGAUCGAUGACAACGGCCGAUCGAUGACAAAUAUUCUACGCAAUCUCAUUGGAGCAAUCUUCAUCCCCUCGCACACCGUCCGAAUGACUCGUCCAGUCGUCGCGUCGUCUUAGACAUAUAAAAUAAUCGUUAUUAUCAGCGACGCUCAACAGCGGCGAGAUAACGCGGACAAGAAACCUACCGACCAGAGAUCAGAUUGCGAUCGAUCUCGAGAAAAGAAAAUUACAAGAGAUCCGAACACACCACCUUCUGCCGGUGAAUUCUAUUACCGCUGGGGGGCAGGUUUCGAGGAGCAUAGGAAGGAUCGGAAGGAAGUAACGUAUAGUCUUCGUCGUUAGCAUCUUGGAACGUCAUAUAUCUUGGCAGUAAUGCGCACAAAUUAUGCGUCUCGCGCCACCACGGAGCAACGGCCAUUGAGAACCGAGCAACGGUUGCACGUUUACUCUUACGGAUAAUCCAACAUCCAUCAAUUCCUUCGCCUUUCUUGCUUUCCAUAUUCUUUCUACGCCUUAUUCCACCACGCGUUUCUCCUUCUUCUCUCUUCCAUUCUUCCCACCGAGCCCUUUCUCUUCCCUUUUGACGUUAAAGAAACGAUCGUCCCAUCCAUUUGUUCAGACAUCGCUUUGGGCGUCGUUUAUUCGUGAAAUUCGUUCAGUCUGCUUCGACGCUAACGCCUCUGCGGGGCACGAGAUGCAUUCCUCAUCUACGUGACGUGUUGUGUCUUUAUGCCGCGUGAAUCGUCCUGGCAGCCGAGCAAGGUGCACGCACGUGUGACCGGUGUUCCUAACAGUUUUCGUUGUUCGAGGAAGCCUGUUUCGUGAUCGUUGUUAUUUGGCAAGAUCGCACGCCAAAGUGCCAACGAAAUUUCCGAUUUGGAUUACUAAUCUUUCUACAUACGGAUAACGAUGUUUAUAUCGUGUAGAAACAAUUGGUCAAAUAUUUAUCGACGUUUCAUAAGGUAAUUACCAUACGAUGGUAGUUUCAAAAAGACAAUAGAGAUGCUGAAAGAAAGUGAAAACGCGCGAUCGAAUGUUUUCGAGACGAACAGAAGAUCGUGAAGUUAGCGAGAACUUCAAACGUAGACUACAGCGACGCUCUGUCGGGGAACUUUGUAUUUAAAAUUGACAUGGUGCAACGGAAACGUGUGUAGCGAUGUUUAUUCGGAAUCGAGGAGAUUGAAACGUUACGAACUGAAACAUCUUUAAAUAUUGUAAGGUAAUCUUUCUGCCGACUGUCUGGGGAACUUUUGUGACACUGUUGCACAGCUGUCAGUGAAGAUAGGAAACAUCGCGUACCGUUAUAUAGUAUUCUACCGAGGCAUCGUUCGUUUACCUAGAUCUCGAAAGUGAACAGGCACGUGUCGAAAGUGCAAUUGCUUCGCAUUUCGAAGAUUGUCAACGUCCUCGCCAAUUGACCCUGAAUAUUUUUAAGCAUUACGAAAGCGAUUGUGUCCAAACAUAUCAGCACCAAAAUGUUCAAGUGUCUAAUUAUUAUAUUAUUUAUACACUUCUCGAUAUUUUUUAUGUUACGAUAACAAUUAAGUGAAGAUAAAAUGAAACAUAAAUAAAUCGUGGAACGACAGUGAAAUUGUUCAGUGAAGAAUUCAUAGAAGAAGAAUAGAAUUUCGACUUCCAAGAUUUUCAUCGAAAAAACAUCAUCGCGUCUGUGUUAAGGAUAACAUCACGCUUGUAGUGACGACAUUUGCCACGAAUGGUAUCUGCAGAAUUUCAUGCAGUAUUCGGUUUGAUCGGCGCAGGAGCCAUGUCAUCGGAUCGGCACCACGGAUCGCGAGAAAUCGACGUAGAACCGGGAGAAUCGGAUCACCUGCCGGAUACUUUCCGAACCGAGUGAAAUCGAAUACAAAAGAUCGUCGGCCAAUAAUCGGGGAUCGACACACGUGAUCGGCCCACAACAGCUUGCAACCUACGGCCUCCCCGCUGGCCUGGCCAGCUACUAUGCGAAUUGAAGCUCUCAGCACCCUCGUCGCGGUGGUUUGGCUGACCGCAGUCCUGUGCCCGCGGCUUGCUGCCGCCAACAACUUGACUUUAUCCUUCUCGUCUCGUAAGGCCAGGCAACAUCCAUUCAGGGGACAUAUCUCUCGCUGGACGCAGACCUUUGAGGACACGACCAAGCGGAUGACUUAUCGAGAGAUGAACAUGAUUCUACGACACGAAGGAGGCGAGGACGGCCUUCCAGUUGAUUGCUGCCCUACGGUAGAGGAAAUGGUGGAACCGGUCGGCGGUCGAAAUCGGGAAAACAUGUACGUCCAGCUGUAUCGGGAUGGUCAGAACGCCCAGAGGUUCUUCGAGUACUCCUGCAGGCCAGACGUCCUCGACAAGCCGUGCAGGUUCAUCGACCGGAAGUUCACCAACCAGUCCAGAUGUGUGCAGAAGUUCUCAUACACUUACGCUAUCAUUGAAAAUUCUGGAUCGACGGGCGGAAAGGAGGAACGCGGGAGGCAUCGGCACAGAGAACGCAUGAUCCCUACGUUUCCCGGGAACACGGUGGGUGGAUCGAUGUGGACGUUGGACUACAUUAAGGUGCGAAGUGGGUGCAGCUGCGAGGUCAUGCCGAAACCGAAGAAAAAGAAGAAGUACAAGAAGAGCAAGCUAAGGGACCAAGAUUUGGAUUCGGAGACCUGAGAUCUGUAUUACCGUGGGAUCAGAACAGAUCCCUCUACCUCCGUGCACGCGAUACCACCGAUAAAAAGAAGAUUGCGAUCCGAUCGAAACGCGUUCCAAACCGAUGCAAAAUCUAAUGUGACAUGGAGAGUAUUCGUUUUUCGGAUUGUACAGGAUUAAAAUGUUACCAAUGGAAGGGUUCUCUCUUUUAACGAGGAUUGAAUAUUAUCGUUAAAAGUACUUUUUUUUAUGUUAAAAGUGCCUUGAUGGAAGCUUGUAUCGUUUCUAACAAUAGAUCAUCGACGAUAGUUAUUAUUUUAGAACGAUUCUAUUAUCGUAUUUAUUAUAUACAUAUAAGUAGAUAACAAACUAAUUCAAGAGUAUGAUAAGAUAUUAAUAAGGUUCUAGAGAGGAGGUUCCGCCAAACUGUAUUCCGCUUAUUUUUAGUAAGAUUGAUAUUUUUAGAUAAUGGUGAAAUAUAAAGUGUAGUAGUACAACAAAGUCAGUAGAAUCUCCUUCGAAUGAAUAAAUAGUGGAUAGACUGAUAUUACGAUUCAAAGAGUUGAACGUGAAAGAUGUUUGAAUAUCUGCGUUUUCUAAAUUGUUAUUGUAAUUUCAGAAAUGUAAUCGUAUGCUAAAGAGGAAGCGUACUUGAUACAUUGUCUUGUAUUAGUAGCAGACGAAUGUCUCGAUUAAAUUUGUAUUUAACAUUUAGGAAAUAUUUUCAUUUUCACCCGCGGCCAGUUAUUAUAGUGUGCUCCUAUAAUGCAUGUACAUUCUAAAGUUACGUUUAUUUUUAAGUUAGAGAGGAGAGGUAGAUUUUAUAUUUAUAGAUUUUAUCUCUAAUUGCAAGGUAUAACGUAUUAUGUUUCAUAGAUCUGCGAUAGAUAUGAUUCGUUAUAUAUGGAUAACGAGAACCAAACAAAAAACUGCUUAAAUUUAUUUAACGUAAUAAAGCCCUAUUUAAUUAAGCGAUUAAGUCUGUUUUAUCUUUUAAAGCACUGACUAGAAGAAUUAGAGGGUGCAACGAGCAAAACGUUGCAUUAGCUAGUAACCAUGACGAUUAUUAAUAAAUCUGAAUAUAUGAUAAGAAGAAAAGAAUAGAAACUUAUUGUAUAAUCUAAAAUAUAAGUUACAGGAUAUGUAGAAUUUAUUUUACGUAUGAUGAUAUAUAGGUACUUUUAUACGAGAAGAUAAUUUUUAAACAUAUAUAUAGACAAAAAGUUUACAUUAAUUUAACGCAUACGUUACAAAUAGAAAGCUGCCAUUAUUUUAAUAAAACUUUACUGAUUUAUCUGUCGUUUUGUACAUAUAGAAAAGUACAUAAACAUUAACAUAAAUACGCUUUUAUGCGUUAUAUUAGUGUAAUGUAUAAAUUAUAAGACAAAUAACUUUUACAUUUAGAACUAAAAACGUUCGAGAAUGUUGUACUUAAAUAGUUAAAAUCGUAUUAAUUAGAUUAAAUAAUGAACGUAUUAUAAUACCAGUUUUUUUUAGUUUAACAUAUUUAUGAAUGUACUAUAGUAAAUUACGUCGUACGUUUAAUUAGCGAGGAACCUUUCCAAUAAGCAUAUUCUCUUUUUCUAUCACUGUAGUUGUCGUAUUAAUAUUCUAACAAGUGGUUUCAACUUGAUAACACUCAUGUAUUAUAAUCAAGCAUUAGGCUUACAGAUUUGUUUUCUGUAUGCCAUGUAUACAUUGUACAUAAAUGAUAUUAAUACAAUUGUUAUAAAAGUAUUCGUUAUUUCUCUUCCCGCGCUGAAUGCAGUAAUUGAUUUACAUUUUUAUUCAUAAUCAUAUUUUCUUUUUUCUAUUACAAAUUCUUUAUUAGUUAAUUUAUUAAAUAUAUGUGUUGAUUAUAACGCGUUACAACGCGAUGUACCGAAGAUUCCGUUAGGCCGGGCAGAUUUAUGCCACUAAGAACAAUCGGAAAAAUGAAAUUUUAUUGCUACGACCGUAAUGUACUACGACAAAAGUACAUGAGUAAUUUAAUGGAUUCGCAGUAUCAUGUAUUUUUAACUUCCUCACAGUACUUUUCCACAGCUCAAUAGCUGAGACCUUAUGGUAAC